AUGCAUCGUGUUGUUUUCGCCGACUCCUAUCGUGGCCUCACCACCUUCUCUUUCCUCGCCCUUUCACAGACGCAUCUCUCCCCGCCGUGGAGGGCACUGCAAACAAGUCUGCGCUUCGCCAGCAGCAGCAGCAGCAGCAGUACUACACCGGCCGUCAAUCACUACAAGCGCCUCGGCGUGGACACCACCGCGACGGUGGAGGAUCUCAAGACGGCGUACAGGUGCCGGGCGCUGCAGUGCCACCCGGACGUCGUCGAGGAGAAAAAGAAGGCGCAGGCGGAAGUGGAGUUCCGGGCGGUCUCAGAGGCUUACGAUGUGCUGAUGGAUCCGCAGAGGCGCGCAGAACACGAUAAGGCCCUCGGCGUACAGCAGCCAGCGGCUCAGAAGAAGACAUCUGAGAAAACAUCAUCAUCCUCCUCCUUCACAAGGGCAUCCACAACAACAACAACAGCGAGAGGAACUGCAGGAACAACACAUAAAUCAACUAGACCACGUAGACAAAAGACAUUUGUGCGUGGUGACGCUGAUCGAAAGUUUCGUGAAGCUUUUCAUGGUAUGUCACUGGAUCAGGUGAUCUUUCAAGAGCGUCUACGGCAGCGUCAGGCACAGCAAGAACAGAAUAAUAAUAAUAAUAAUAAAACGGGUCCAUCUUCAUCCGCGGCACCAUCUGGACGUGAGGAGGCACUGCGACGUGUAAUGGCAGAUGCCGCUGCCCGCUUCGCAUCAAAGGUGCAGCGACAGUAUGGCCCAAGUAUGCUUCGCCACGUGAAGGUAAGCACUUCACCAUCUUUCUCUGAACAAAUGCCAUCGUCGGAUUACAUGCCAUUCCGACCCUUUCACGGCUUCUCUGCACCGCCAGGUGUUCGCACACCACCGGAGCCGAAACUCGGCCCUACUUCUCAUGUGAAAGGAGAGUCAUAUGUGGAAUUCACAGAGCCCUCAACGCGAGUACGGCGUGAACUGCCCAAGUCUAUGCCUGUUGUUCGUGGACUUGAUGGUAGUGUGAUGGAACGUAGUGAAGCGGAGCGGUAUCUUGAAAAAGAGCGGAACUCCCCGUACAAUAUGGGUAAAAUGUACUCCUACCAUAGGCCGUAUUGA